AUGGUGGUGCCAUCAAAGACCUACGUCUCAAGAUCCGAUGGCUGGUCCUUUGGCUUGUCUGAUGUGUUCGAUUGCCAAGUACGGCGUUACUUGGACGCCGGCGAAUCGUUUCAUUGGCAAGACCUGCUGAUGCUGACAGAAAUGGCCCUAGCAGCCUUCGUUAGCGAGAUUUACCUCGCACGGGUUCUGCCCUCCUUGGGCUUGGUCAGCAACUCAUCUGCUCCUAUAGCAGCCAUGACCAGCCGUCCUCUGGUCUUUUUCAUGGCCCCGGUGUCGUAUUUGUUCAUGUAUGCCAUGGUUUGUGGAUCCAUACACUACAUCUACACCCGGAAGUAUCCGGAGGAGGGCCAAAAACUCAGCAUCCAAAACAAGCCAAUGACUGACCUGGAGAUGCGAAGGGCAAUAGUCUUCAGUGUGAAGAGCAUACUCUCUGUCUCUGCAGCAUCAUCAUAUGCCUUCUAUGCAAUUCAGGGAUGGACCAACCUCCAUUGGGGCAUGCCCAGUUGGAAAGACAUCCCUUGUUUCCUGUUGGCUUAUAUCCUGGUGGACAUUUCAGCUUACGUGGUUCAUCGCAUGUUGCAUCGGCCCUGGUGGUAUCGUUACGUGCACAAAGCUCACCAUCUCUGGAAGAAUCCCAACGCCUUUGUGGUUUCGGCCCUCCAUCCGGCGGAAUUCCUCUCCCUGACGGUGCCGACACUCUCGGUGAUCUCGGCACUGCCCAUGAGCCUCUUCUCGGCGAUGCUUCUGUUGUCCUGGAUCUUCACUUGCAAUGCAAUCGACCACUCCGGGCUUCGGCUUGACGAGCAGCCUUUCUUGGCUUGGCUGGUGUGGCAGGCACCAGUGGAGUUCCAUGACAACCAUCACAAGUUCUUCCAUGCCAACUAUGGUGCCAUGGUGGAUUGGUGGGAUCGACUGGGUGGCACCUUCUACUCUCCCAAGGAGCAUGGCAACAUUGGCCUCUCAGAGGAUGAGUUUCUGGGCGACAUUGAUCGCGUUUCGGAGGUGGCAGGCGCCAAGCUGGUCAAUGGAUGGCCAGUCCUUGAGGACAGCGGAGCGAGGUCAGUGAUGACGGUGCCAUGGCAACGAUCAACAACGGAGCGCGCAACCGCAGCUCGUCAUUUAGAUGAUGCAACAGGCACCAGCAAAAAGCGGCUGCGGUCAGUCAGUGAUAAGACUCUCAAGGCAACCCCGCUGAAGGAAUCGCAAGAGAACGCGAGCCCAGCUAGAUUUCUCUCCGCGGCCGAUGCAACAUCUCCGUACUUCCAUCGCCCACAAGGUGACAAGUGGAUGCAGCAGGAAGAGACAGUGCGGUCUGAGACGCGAUCACACCUGCAGGCAUAUCUUCAGCACUGGGGUUUGCAGGGCCGGCACGGGCCGGCACGCCAGCGCACAGCCGCAGACGGCAUCGGCGGUGACGGACAAGGCAUUGUGGGCUGCAGGCUAGUGGCCAUGCUGCAACAUGAGCACCACGCGCAACCGCAGCUUCACGGACACAAGCAGCUGAGCCAAGCUGGCGACACAAACAAAAGCUGCAUCACGAGCUGUGAGAUCGUGCAACCACUGCCACAGAUCUCCCCAUCAAACGCUCGCGACACGAUCGUGCAACCGCAGAUCGCGAUAGUGGCAGGCACGCAUGUGGCAGGAAACAUCUCCGGACGAAGCGAUGAGAGAGUCAGCACGGCGCGCAACCGCACUCGCCGCGCAGCAAAUUUAAGUCCGACAAAGCAGCCGAUGCAGAAGUUGCGUCGAGCCAUACACUACGAAGCCAUGGAGUCACACCAAGCGUAUAGCACGGGCGGCGGUGUCUUACCCGAGCAAUUGCCAGCUGCUGCCACAUCUCGCGCAACCGCAAAGAUUCCCUCCAAGAGCAUGAUCAUGCACCUCAGUAACACUGAUUAUAUGCGACACAUGGCAACAGUGGCAACACGCAUUCCGAUCCGCAUCUGCGUGCAGUAUCUCCAAGAAAGACAAGGCGCAUCACCAUCUGCGGAGCCCCCCGUCGUCAGAGCGACUGGGUGUGACAAGGCGCGGGACAGAACCACGUCAGACGCAGCGGCACUGACAACGGAGGCGCAGAUCUCAAUGCAAAGCUGA